UGACAAUUGCUGAUUUUUUUUUUCUAGUCUUGAUUCUUGAAUAAACACCGCGAAUGUUCCAUGGUCUGUCGUGGCCCAAUAGCUGUACACGUAAAUUAUUAUAUACACCUAAAUACAACGUAGAUAGCGCACAUAAAUUUUAUAUGUAUAUAUGUGUGUCUAGAGUUGAUUAUAAUAAAAAAAAAAAAUUUACCGAAAAGCGGUCUAAACUGAUUUAAUUCAUCAUUGAAAAAAAAAAUCUUGCUACGUUGACGACGCCUCGGUUUAUCAAACGACAAAAAAAGGUUAUAUUAAUUUUAUAAGUUUCAUAAUUUGUUUAUUUAUUAUUUGCAACUAGUGUCUUACUGCUCUAAUAUAUCUGAACAGUAAAUAAAAAAAUAAAAAAAAUAUUAUAAAAUCGUGUAUAAGUGUGUGUAGUGUGUGUAUGUGCAAGAGGGAAGUCGUAAAGUAACGAGUCAUCAGUCAGUCCAAGAUGGCAGAAGGCCAGGAGGAUAGUAAAAAAAUUACAAUUUUUAUUAAAACACCAAAGGAUAAACAAAGCAUUGAAAUUGAAGAAAAUGCUUCAAUCAAAGAUUUUAAAAGUGCUGUAUCACAAAAAUUUAAUGCCCAGCCGGAUCUUUUGUGUUUGAUAUUUGCUGGUAAAAUACUAAAAGAUAAUGAAACACUUGGAACACAUAAUAUCAAGGAUGGUUUAACUGUUCAUUUAGUUAUUAAAACACCACGUACAGCUGAAACACAAUCAUCACCAAGUGAGAGUCAAUCAGCACCAAGACCUCCACCUAAUACUGGAUCAAAUCCAUUUGGUCUUGGUGGUAUUGGUGGACUUCCUGACUUGGAAAGUCUUGGUUUUGGUUCAGCAAAUUUUGCUGAUAUGCAACAACGUAUGCAACGUGAAUUAUUAUCAAAUCCAGAAACAAUGCGUCAAGUAUUUGAUAAUCCAUUAGUUCAAAGUCUCAUGGAUAAUCCAGACAAUGUUCGUAUGCUUGUUUCAGCAAAUCCACAAAUGCAAGAACUUAUGCAACGUAAUCCUGAAAUAAGUCAUAUGUUAAAUAAUCCAGAAUUAUUGAGACAAACAAUGGAAUUGGCAAGAAAUCCUUCAAUGCUACAAGAAUUAAUGCGUUCACAUGAUCGUGCCCUUUCAAAUCUUGAAAGUAUUCCUGGUGGUCAUAGUGCAUUGCAUCGUAUGUAUCGUGAUAUACAAGAACCAAUGUUAGCAGCAGCAGCAAAUGAACGUAAUCCAUUUGCUGCAUUAGUUGAUAAUAGUAAUAAUGCUGAAAUAAUAAAUCCACAACAAGGUCAAGAAAAUCGUGAUCCAUUACCAAAUCCAUGGAAUCCAAAUCAAGGAAGUGGUGGUAAUGAUAGUGGAACACCAACAGCAACAACAACACCACGUAUACCAACAAGUGGUCUUGGUCUUGAUUCAGCUGGUAUGCCAGCAUUAAUGUCACAAAUAAUGGAAAAUCCACAAUUAAUGCGUAACAUGAUGUCAGCACCAUACACUAGAUCAAUGCUUGAUGCAAUGGCUGAUAAUCCUGGUUUUGCUGAACGUGUAUUAUCAUCAAAUCCAUUAUUACGUAAUAAUCCACAAAUGGAAGAACAAAUGAGAACAAUGUUACCACAAUUUAUACAACAAAUGCAAAAUCCACAAAUGCAAAAUGUUAUGACAAAUCCAGAUGCACUUGCAGCAAUAAUGCAAAUACAACAAGGAAUGGAACAAUUACGUACAGUUGCACCAGAUCUUGUUGGUAGUAUGGGUAUGACUGUACCACCAUCACCAUCAGUUAGUGUACCAUCAACAAUACCAACUGGUACAACAACACAACAAAAUACAAAUAUACAAUCACCAACAACAACAACAACACCAUCAACAAAUACAACAGAUCAAAAUAAUCAAUUUUCACAAUUUAUGGCAAGAAUGGUAUCAACAAUGGCACUUAAUCCAGGUGGUGCUGGUGGUGGUACAACUCCUACUGCUACAGAUCAAACACCACCAGAAGAACGUUAUAGAGGACAACUUGAACAAUUAACAGCAAUGGGAUUUGUUAAUCGUGAUGCUAAUUUACAAGCACUUAUUGCAACAUUUGGAGAUAUUAAUGCUGCUGUUGAAAGACUACUUGCUGCUAAUGGUUUAUCAAUGAGCUAACCGCCAUUUUUUAAAUAUUCCAAAUCAAAAUAUUAACAAAUGAAUACAAUAAUUCCAAAUUUACACAAAUUAAUAACAAUAUAAACACUUUUUUUUUUUUCCUCGUGACAAAAAACACUAAAUUGUUUUUUUUUUUUUUUUUUUUAAGUUGACUAUAUUUCAAGCGUUAUUAAAUUUCAAAAUGAUGCGGAUUAUAUAUAUAUAUAUAUUUGAAUAUACAUGAGUGUGGAAUGUAUGUGUGAAUGAUUGUGUGACAAUCAUCGUGACUUUACUUUUUUUUUUUUUUUUUUUUAAAUUUCUUUUGCUUGAAUGUUUAUUGGUAAUUAAUUUUUCCAGUAAAUUUCAAUGUAAAAAAAUAACAACAGCAACAACAACAGUGUCACUUGGUAAUGUGCUAUUCAAAAUAAUGUCAAAUAAAAAAUUGAAAUGAAUGAAACCAGUUUAAAAAAAAAAAUUAUAAUGUUCAGUGUGAUGAUUCCAUUAUAUAUUUAUGUUUCUUUAAAAAUUUGCCAUGCACAUAUUUAAUGAUACAAUUAAAAAAUUUUGUCUUUAAAAAAAUAAUAAAUUUAAACAACGCAUUGUAUUUUGUUAUGAUUAUUAUUUUUAUUAUUAUAAUUCAAAUUAAAUACUGGAUUGCUCACAAUUUUAAAUUGUUGUAUCGACAAUUUAAAUGGAAAAGAAAAACAAUUUAAUAAGCUACGAUAACCGUAGGAUGUUUCUUAUUAAAUACAACAUUUAAAAAGAAAAAAAAAA